AAAGUUAAACAUUCUCGCCUUGCUAAUGAAAUUGAUUCGGAAAUUGGAUCAUUGAAAGUGCAAGGACCGCUAGCUAAGAAUAAAACAAUUGAAACUUGUUACAAUCCUAUCAUCAUGAGUGGUGGCAGUUAUUCUCUGAAAUGGAGCACCGAGAGCUCGGAUAAGCUCCUCCACUUUGGCGUCAUCGUUACAUCCCUUGGAGCUCGGCUAGAGAAUUAUUGUACUAAUCUUACUCGAACACUGAUGGUGGAACCUUCAAAGAAUCUUGAAGAAGCAUACGAAGGUCUCCUUGCUACUCAAGCUGCUGUGAUAGAGGCACUGAAGCCUGGUGCAAGGCUACGUGAUGUAUACGAUAGUGGGGUGAAAACCUUCCAAGAAAAGUGUCCCGAUAUUGCUGACAAGUUACACAAAAAGGAUUUUGGAUUUGUUACUGGAAUCGAAUUCCGAGAAGGGGCUUUGUUAAUUAGCCCGAAGUGUGACGAGAAGGUUAGAGCAGGCAUGGUCUUCAUUGUUUCUGCUGGAGUUGAAGGGCUGACUAACGCUAAGGCAAAGGAUGAUGCCGGGAAGAAUGUAACUAUCGCCCUCUCAGAUACUGUGCUUGUAAAAAGCGAUGGGCGAAAUGAGGUUUUGACGGAAAGGGCCAAAAGUAGACUAAAGAAUAGUGUCAUUAGAUUUAAGGAGGAAGAAGAAGAUGCUAAAGACUCAAACAAAGAAAAUACUGAGGACUUGGGUCGUGGAAAGCGCAGUGUCGUGCUGACAGAUCAAACUAGAAACAAGGCCACCAACGAGGAUAAGAGGAAGGAGCAUCAAAAGCUGUUGGCGCAACAGUUGAAUGAUGCUGCUCGACAACGUCUCGCGCAGGCCAGUGGAGCGAGCGAAGCAAAGAAAAUCAAGAAGUCUAAUGUUUCUUACAAGACAUUUGACAAGUUCCCUGUUGAUACAGAAAUCAAUAAGUUAAACAUCUUUGUAGAUAAACGUCACGAUACCAUUAUUCUACCUAUUUUUGGUAUUCCUGUACCAUUCCACAUUUCGAUGAUAAAGAAUUGCUCUCAAUCUGUGGAGGGUGAUUUUACAUAUCUGCGUAUAAACUUUGCUCAUCCCGGCUCUCAGAUUGGGAAAGAAACUGCGCAAUUCCCCAAUCCAUUGGCUACCUACUUGAAGGAACUCACAUAUAGAGCUAGCAACGUAAAGGAACAUGGAGAAGCUAUUGCUCCUAGUAACAACUUGACUACUGCCUUUCGUCUGAUCAAGGAGAUUCAAAAGCGUUUUAGAACUGAGGAAGCUGAAGAGCGCGAGAAAGAAGGUGCUGUUAAGCAAGACAAGCUGAUUUUAAGCCAGGCAAAAGCAAAUCCCAAACUCAAGGAUCUCUUUGUGCGGCCAAACAUCAUUGCGAAACGCAUAUCCGGUGCACUAGAAGCGCAUAUUAAUGGCUUUCGGUACACUUCUUUGCGUGGUGAUCGAAUUGAUGUCUUGUACAAUAACAUCAAGCAUGCAUUCUUCCAACCAUGUGAUAAUGAAAUGAUAAUUCUGCUGCACUUUCAUCUCAAACAUCCGGUACUUUGGGGCAAAAAGAAGUAUAAGGAUAUACAGUUCUAUACCGAAGUUGGUGAGAUAACAACUGAUCUUGGUAAAUAUCAUCACAUGCAGGAUCGCGACGACGUGCAAAGUGAACAGAUGGAACGCGAAAUGAGGCGGAAGCUCAACCAAACCUUUCAAAAUUUUUGCGACAAGGUUGUCAAGCAAACUAAUGACCAAUUCGAUUUCGAUUGUCCCUUUAGUGAACUCGGGUUCCUCGGUGUUCCUCACCGUUCAAGUUGUAUGCUAAAGCCCACUUCGUCCUGUUUAGUCAAUCUCACUGAAUGGCCUCCAUUCAUCGUAACUUUGGACGAGGUGGAAUUGGUUCAUUUUGAGCGAGUUUCUUUCCAACUGAAGAAUUUUGAUAUGGUGUUCAUUUUCAAAGAUUACAAUCGGAAGACACAAAUGGUGCAACAAAUUCCAAUGAGUAGCCUAGAUGGUGUGAAGGUAAAAAUUCCAACUCCCUGCCCAUCUUUUCUGACUCAUGCAUUGGACAACACUCUUUUGGUUAAGGAAUGGUUAAAUACCAGUGAUCUUCGUUAUACUGAAGGAAUACAGUCUCUCAACUGGCCAAAGAUCAUGAAGACUAUAACUGAUGAUCCGGAAGAAUUUUUUGAAACUGGAGGUUGGAAUUUUUUGGGGAAUGAUUCUGACCAAGAGGAUGAACCAGAGGAUGAGAGCGAAUCAGAGGAUGCGUAUACCCCCAGCGAGUCCGAAUCUGGAGAAGACGAGAGUGAUGAAGAUGAAAGUGAAGGUAUGCAGAUGAUAUUGUUUGCACACGAAUUUUCAGGUCAACCGCUUUGAGU